AUGAAGAAGGAUUGCACUACUACAAGUCUCAGAAUGAUAUGCGCCACUGAUUCUCUUGACAAGGAUGAAUGGGUCAACUCAUUGAGGAAACUAAUACAAUCAAGACCAAACAACAACAACAACAACAUCAACAGUAACGGCACCAAUCAGCAAACCAAUGUAGAUAUCAAUAGUAGUAACAACAGCAUCAGCAGACUUAGGACCGACGAUGAUACCUCGUCAGAUCAUUCUUCAGUUUCUGGCAGUCUGCGGAUGACCGACUUUGGGGGAUACACCAAUACCAUAUGUCUCACACCAACCAUGCUGGCUUUGAAGGAUAAGUUUGGUCUGAACACAUUCACUCUUGAGCUGAACAAAAAGAGAGAUUUAUUAUCACUGGAAGAGGUAGAGAUGAUAAUCAAACUACUGGAAGCACAUAUGAAGUCAGAGAUAGAGGACUCCACCAAAGAGUACGAUGGAGAGAUUGUAGAGAUUAUUAAACAGAUAUACAAGCUACGAGAUGUAGAGCUGGACAAAGUUGAGGAGGACUACCGACGACAAAAGUAUGAUCUUAUGGCCGAGAUCGCAUCGAGGAAUAAAUAG